GCUGGUCUGACUGCCCACGUGUCGUUUUCGGAAUUUGUCAGAAACAAAGUUGCUAGCUAGCUAUUUUAGGCAAUGAAACGUUACAAAGGGUUGUAAAUAUGUUUAUGUAAUCGGUAAAGAGGACGCCCGAUGGCAAUAAUGUAGGUAGCUAUUUUACGAGUAUAGGUCAGAGGUAGAAUCAUUCACGUUGCAGAACGCAUCUUACAUGCAUGAAUUAGCGUCGUUAGCAACAUCUAUCUCUAUACACGGAAUGCAAGACAGCUAGCUAGCUAAUAAGCGUCAAUCGAAAAACAGAAUAACGUUUAAUAUCCUCUCUUGUGAAGGACCCAUUAGCUAGAUUGCUAUUCUUGCCGACAGCGAACGGUCAUUGUAGGCCGGGUUGUUUGAUUUCACGAUGAUGCUUGUUAGGUCGAACACACAUUUUUAACACUCGACUGCAGCUACCGUGGUCAAUUGUUGUGAGCUCAUUUUGAGUAGGAUAAUACUGUAGCAGCUAGCAGAAUCAAAUAAUAUCACAACGAUGAAUCAAAGAAGAUUUAUCAACCAUAACACAUACUCAGUGAAUGAAGAUCUCACGGGGCAACAAACACAUGAUACUGUUGUCCCGGAGACCCCAGAGCUCAAGCGUCCCCCAGGGCCCGGCUCAGUGAGAGGCAUGGAAAGCGUGGUACUAGACUCUGAUUCAGAUGAGGAGAUAUCAGGGUCUUCCAUGAUGUUGUCGGGGAAGAGUCUGGAAAAGGAACCAGUUAUGGGUUCUGUUAUCAUACUGUCAGAUGAGGAGGGAGAGGAGAUGAAAACUACUCCACAGAGAAAUGUCAGCCAGCUCCCCAAAAACAUAUCAGGAAGUCAAGACCCAGAUCGGAAGAGGAGACUAGAGGUGUGUGACAGCUCCCAGCAGAGUGGGGCAUCAAACUCCAGCAAGAAACCAGCCCUUGAGGAGGAUUCAGUGACAGAUGAUUCUGAGGAUGAGGGUCCAGAGCCCAGCUGGAAGAGCCAGGAGGACAUGGUGAGGAAACUGCAGACUAAGUUUCCCCGUCUGGUCAAGGAGGAGCUUAGAGAAGUGCUUCUCGAGCAUGAUUGGCACUUUGAGGACACCCUAGAAGCACUGCGCAUGUUUUCAGAGGAGGGGGAGAGGUCCAGUCAAGGGGAUACCCAGGCAUCAUCAUCAGCUAGUCAGCUAUCAUCAGCCCCCCAAGCCUCAGCACAUCAGGCAGGCCCAGCAGCCAAACCCCCUGGUUGUCCCACAUCACUACCCUCACAAGCCUCCCAGUGGGACCGUAGAUAA